CUCACUAUAUAUUGAAAUAUAUACACUCAGAACAGGGAGAAAAAUUAGAAUUUUUUCCCAGCUGAAAUAAAAAUUGCAGUUUUCAUAAUUCUGUCUGCAAUCUUCUCUGUAAACAAGAUCAGGCUUACUUUCAACCAUUUCAGAAUAGAAUUAAGCAGACAAACAGAAAGUUCACAGCUUGCAGCCUAAUUUGAAACCUGUAGGAACAGAAUGUGGAGAUCUCAGUUAUGGAUACUGUCUUUAUUCAUUCUCUUAUCUUCUUCCCGUCACGCUGCGUCUCUAAGGGUUGAAGAAGAAAACAACUCAGUAAAAACUUCUGUCUUCCUCUCUCCUCCAUUCGUCCUCAAGCACGGCUUAGUUCAGAACAAGUUCUACUUCAACAUCCCAUUCCCGAGAGGCCACAUAGCUCUAAAGAGCUUUAAUGCCGAAGUAGUUGACGAGAAUGGGAACUCAAUACCCCUCCAUGAAACCUACCUUCAUCACUGGGUUUUAGAAAGAUACUACGGCCAGAAAGCAGCAAAAGAAGAUGAUUUAACAAAGAUUAUAAUUGUAAGAAACUCUGGUCCCUGUCGAAAUAUCGGACAGUACUACGGCCUUGGAUCUGAAACAAGGAAGACUAGUACUUGGGUGCCUGAUCCCUACGGUAUUGAAAUAGGAAACCCUAAGGAAGUUCCUGAAGGUUAUGAGGAGAAAUGGCUUCUGAAUGUUCACGCCAUUGACACAAGGAAGGUCGAGGAUAGAUUGGGAUGCACGGAAUGUAAAUGUAGCCUUUAUAAUGUGACUUAUGAUGAGUAUGGAAGAAAGUUGGCUAAUGGAUAUGUGGGAGGUCUCCAUUGUUGUUAUGAUGAAACUCAAUGCAGAGCAGAAGAAGGAUUUGGUGAUGGCGGUGAGAGGAAGCUCUAUUUGAGGUAUACUGUGAAGUGGAUUGAGUGGAGUCCGAGAAUUCUUCCAGUUAAGAUCUAUAUCCUUGAUGUUACUGAUACUGGAGAUCGCCCAACUGGUUUGAAUUUUGUUAAUGCUUCUUAUAGUUGCAAGGUGGAGUACACUAUACCGUCAUGUGAUUCUGUUGGGGAAGAUAAUGGAGAAUGUGUUGAUGUCCGGAAGACUAAGGUUGUUCUUCCUCAUGGUGGGGAUAUAAUCUAUGGUGUGGCGCAUCAGCAUACUGGUGGUGUUGGUACUGCUUUGUAUGGGGAGGAUGGACGACAUCUAUGCUCUUCGAAUCCCAUGUAUGGCGAGGGAGAAGAAGCAGGAGAUGAGGCUGGCUACAUUGUAGGAAUGUCAACCUGCUACCCCAAGCCUGGCUCUGUCAAUAUCAGAGAUGGCGAGCUUCUGACGCUGGUUUCCAAUUACAGCAGCUUAAGAAUGCACACUGGAGUUAUGGGACUCUUCUACAUUUUGCUCGCUGAGCCCCAGCCGAAGCUCUCUUCUUUCUUCUCACAAGAACUUAUAGUACCACGGGUUGCAGAUCUUGUGGAGCAGUGGUGGGUGCUUUUGCUUGCAGGAGGAAUAAUGGUUGUUGUUGCUGCUGCAAUCUAUAGUAGGAGGAAGGAGAGAGAUGGCGGGUAUCAGAUGGUUGUUAAUUAACUAGAGUUGAUUAAUUAUGGUUUGAAUAUGCUGAGUUCUAUGAAUCAUAUGGUACCUAUUUAUUGGUGGUGUGAUCUUAUGCGAUUUCAGUUGAAAAUAAAUGCUUGAGAUAUCAUGUUUCUGUCA